CAUUGGUCAGCGUCUUUUACGUCUAUGCUUUGAGCAAAACUGAAAUUGUUAGCAGUUGAGCUGGAGCUGGUGAAUGGAAAGCGAAACGGAGCUCCAUUAACGAAAAGUAAACGUUCGAGACAAGAGUAAGUUGAUCAUGUUUACCUGUGAAAUCUGUGGGGAGGAGGGAUUCUCUGAACCUGAUAUAAGGACCCAUCUGCUCAUAAACCAUUUUGAAAAUGAGAUGAGCUGCCCCUUCUGCUGCUUAUCGGGGGUCACCUACGAUGAACUCGAGUUCCACAUUAACGUAGCCCACUCUGAGGAAGACGGUGAAGCAGCAGACAGCAGUGAACGUCCCACUAAGGAACUCCGCCUGCAGACCGUCGGAGCUGUUCACAGUAGUGGUACAAGCAGCCAUUUAGAAAUGGAUGUUGAGCCUUUAGAAGGAGUAUUGAGCCCUUGGGAAACAGACGAAAUGCUGUGUACUGGUUCCCUAGGAAGCCAUGAAGAGUUAAAUGCGGGAACUACCUUUUCUACGGUUCCAAAGGCCCACCCUCCAGCCCCGCUUCAAGGUUCUUCACAAACAGUGACGGUAAAACAAGUUAGUGCACAGGACAGAGGUGGACAGAGAGAGUCCGUCACACCCUACAGGGAAUUGAAAAAGCCUGAGCCCUGUGUUACUGGGAGAACUGUAAAGCAUGGCACACAGAGCAGCCAAUUCCCCAGGCAACAGGAAGCAUCUAACAACAAUUUUGAAGAACAAGUAAAACCAAAACAAAAGCGCUUGAUGUCCCCUGCAAAAGGUAUUUCUACAGAAAAAAUGUAUGCAUGUCCAAUGUGUGCACUUGUCUGCAGGGACUGCUACAUUCUGCAGGAGCAUGUUGAGCUACACCUUCAAGAAAGCAUGGCUGAAGAAAAGACCAGCCACUCCAAUCAGCAGCUGCUUAGAAGUCCAGAGGAGGCUGAGGAAAAGUGGAGACCUGAGGUAAAUUUGCAGGGUAUCCAUGUCUUGGAUAACAACGUAGGUUCCAAACAACCUGUUCAAAAUGUACAAAAACUUGUAUCACCAAUGAUUGACAAGUCUUCACCACCUAGUGUGAAAACCAUCGCCUCAGGGGCUCCAGCAAGAAAACUAUAUGAGUGUCCUAUGUGUGCCCUUGUCAGCACAAACAGUCACGUCCUGCAGGAGCAUGUUGAGCUUCACUUAAUGGAAAGCAGCAUCACUGCAGCAGAUAACUCCCAUUCAGACCUGUUUCUGGCUAAAAGGUUACAAGAGGAAGAAGAAAAGCAAAGAAGAGCGGAGGAGGCCGGACGGGAGGCUGAGGAGUUUCAGAAGCUGCAGAAUCAGUUUGGUUUAGAUAAUAGCGGUGGCUACAAGCAGCAGCACAUUCGAAAUAUGGAGAGAGCUGUUUCCCGAGGCCAGAUGGUUCCAGCAGAGUUCCACAGGCGAAAAGCAGAAAUGAUGGAAUCAUUAGCUUCAGGGGCAGAUGAUGGCAGAACCAGAACAUCAGGUGUAAUUGGAGCAUUGUAUGGCUAUUAUCAGAGAGACGGCAGAGACGUAGCACACGUGUGGCUUUGUGCCGAAACAGACCAUUUCCACUCUGGAGGAGGAGACAAGGGCUGGGGGUGUGGAUACAGGAAUUUCCAGAUGCUUGUGUCCUCCCUGCUAAAGAUGGACCAGUACAAGGAUUGCUUUAAAGAUAAGACAGUUCCUUGUAUUCCUAAGGUUCAGGCUCUGAUUGAAGAUGCCUGGAAAGAAGGUGCUGAUCCUCAAGGAGCGUCCCAUUUUAAUCGCAAGCUGCAGGGCACACGCGCCUGGAUUGGAGCCACCGAAAUCUACUCUAUGCUGAUAUCACUGCGAGUGAAGUCUCGCAUACUCGAUUUUCACUGCCCGACUGGCCCUUCUGAUACUCACCCUCGAUUGUUCCAGUGGGUAAAAGACUACUAUUCAACGGCCAUGUGCAGAGGAGCAAGACUGCCUCCGAGGGUCAUUCAGACUGCUAGUCCUCCAAUUUAUUUGCAGCACCAAGGUCAUAGUCGUACAAUUGUAGGCAUUGAGGAAAGGAAGAAUGGAAACCUUUGCCUUUUGAUAUUUGACCCUGGUUGUCCCUCGCAAGAGUUGCAGAGGUUAUUGCAGCCAGAUCUCAGUGGUGCCAGACUUAAACAUCUCCGCAAAUUACCCAGUGCCUUAAAACACAAGCAGUAUCAAAUAGUGGCAGUAGAGGGCACCCUUUCACAAGAAGAGAAACAUGCAUGGCUGCAAAAUUCUAGAAUUCUUCAAGCUGAGAAGAUUCCUUGAGGAAAGUUACAUAACAUGUUUUCAUUUUAUUUAAGGUAUUUAGAUGUGUGUGUUUAUAGCCCUGUUCAUUAAA